CUCUCUCUCUCUCUCCCCCCUUCUUCUUCUACUCAAAGUCUCAACUGGGUUUUCUAUCCUACAUUCAAUUCUUCAAUGUCAAAAGCAAUACCCCAUCAACCAUUGAUGUUCUCUCUCUUUCAUAUCCUUUUUCUUCUUAUUCUCAUUACUACAGAUGUUGGUCAUUGUUUCAAAGACAAUAAAGUGCUAAUCUUGAAGAAGUUUGAUCAGAGAGAAGAUAGUCCCACCCCAAGAUGCCUUCCACAAAAAUCAAGAAGAGAGAAGAGUUUGGCCAUACUGGAAAUGAAGCACCACGAUUCGUGCUUGGGUCCAAUUAAGAACUGGGACAAUAAGCUUCAAGAGCGCUUAAUUUCCGAUAAUUUCCGGGUGAGGUCGUUGCAGUCGCAAAUCAGAAAUGCAGCUUCUGGCAGGACCGAAGGCCUGUCGGAAAUUCAAAUUCCUCUAACUUCUGGUAUGAAAUUCCAGAUUCUGAACUACAUUGUUGCCUUGGAAUUGGGUGGCCGGGAAAUGACUGUCAUCGUUGACACCGCAAGUGAUCUCACGUGGAUCCAAUGCCAGCCCUGCAAAUCUUGCUACACCCAACAAGACCCGCUCUUCAAUCCCUCCGCCUCUCCCUCCUACCAAUCAAUCCCAUGCAAUUCGUCGACCUGCCAGAAUCUCCAAUUUGCGACAGGCAACUUGGGUGUCUGCAGUUUGGACCCGCCGACCUGCAACUACGAUGUCAGCUAUGGUGAUGGGUCUUACACUCGUGGUGAGCUGGGCCGCGAGCAGCUCAAUCUCAGCAGCAUGGCGGUAAAUGGGUUCAUCUUCGGCUGCGGCCGGAGCAACCAUGGACUCUUUGGUGGGGCUGCUGGUGUAAUGGCCUUGGGCAGGAGCGAUCUCUCAUUGGUCUCACAAACAGCAUCUCAAUUUGGAGGAGUUUUCUCCUACUGUCUGCCAUCAACAGAAGAUGACAGCGCUUCUGGUUCUUUGAUUCUAGGCAACGAUUCAUCCAUUUACAAGAAUUCUACUCCGAUCACAUUCACUAAAAUGAUCUUGAACCCGCAGCUAUCGACAUUCUACGUUCUCAAUCUGACUAGCAUCAGCAUUGGUGGGGUAGCACUGAAAGCUCCCGGAUUCGUCAAUGGUGGGACCCUCAUCGACUCAGGGACAGUCAUCACAAGGCUCCCUCCAUCGGUCUACGCGACCCUGCGGGCAGAGUUCUUGAGACAGUUUUCCGGGUACCCACCGGCGCCGGGUUUUUCGAUCUUGGACACAUGCUUUAAUUUGAGUGGGAAUGCAGAGGUGAGCAUUCCUACAAUCAGAUUGCAUUUUGAGGGAGAAGUUGAAGUGAAUGUGGAUGCUUCUGGGGUCUUUUAUUUUGCAAGGAGUGAUUCUUCUCAGGUCUGUUUGGCUCUGGCCAGCCUCUCAUCUGAUGAUGAAAUUGGGAUUCUUGGGAAUUUCCAGCAGAAGAAUCUGAGAGUGGUUUACAAUACUAAGGACUCUGUGUUGGGAUUUGCAGAGGAGGUUUGCAGUUACAGUUAGUAUAGGAAGAGAAAAGGCAGGAGUGGUGUGGAUAUUGUAUAUAUCCUAGUAGUGUGGUUUUCUGUUAUCUGUUUGGUGUUAAAAACCAAUAUCUAUUGGGAUUUGGGUUCUAUGGGCAAAUGCACAAAAGUGGAUUAGUCCUGAUUGAGGUACCA